UGGUGCUUGUUUGCCUGUAGAAGCGAGGGAAGACCAAAGUCCGUCCUGCUCUGUCAGCUCUUCAGAGAGUGAUGAGUGCUGCGAGAAACACACAGGAAGUUUUCACUCAUUUCUCAGGAUGGAACGUUUGGAUAUGCAAAUUGUUUUACACAUUAUUAAAAUAAUGGCUGAUACAGUAAGAUCAUCUGGAAUAAAUAUGUGUUUUUGAAACAUUUGAUGUGAGUCAUGUCAGCUUACGAAGUCCAGAACAGUGAAGAGCACUGUAUCUGACGCCCAGGGUUCAAAAGCCUAUCAGGACGUCAUAGGCAGUAUGGAGACCUGGCACGGCUGCCCCGGAUAUACAAGCACCCUAAGCUCCAAAUGGUUCUCGUGGCUGCGGAUACGAGGUCCUCCUUCAGUCAGAGCAUGUGUGUGUAAUGUCUAUAAAUCCCUGGCUCCAUUAAUGCCCUAUGCUGCCGCCCUGGUGGUCGUAGUUUUGUAUGCCCUCGCAGAUCAGCUCCACGGCUUUGUGUGCAGGAUCUUCAUUCCACAGUACCACUACCCAUACAGUACGCCUCUUGCCCUCAUGCAGGUGCUCCUGAACAUCCUGGCAUUGCUGGGUCUGCACGCUCUCGGUGUCGUGCAGCUGAAUCCAUUCUCUCGGAGGCUAGCCGAGCGGCUUAUGGUGCCGGCUGUGUGUGGUGGGGUCCAGUGUGUUCUGGCUCUGUGGGCGAGAGCGAGUGCACACUCGGGCUUGUACCCCCUCACCGGGCGCCUCCUCCCACUCUUCAGCCUGGCGUGGGGUCACCUGCUGGGAGUCAGCAAGCCUAACUCCGCCUACUUCACCUGCCUGCUCACAGCAACCACUUUCACCUCUAUUGGAAUUACAGUGUAUGGUGAGGGUGUGUACAACAUGGAGCCGCUGGAAUAUUUCUACUCUCCUCUAAGCCUGUUCCUGCACAGUCUCUCCCUGGCCUGGCUGUCUAAAGUCGCCCAGACUGAGCAAGGCCAUGCUACGACCUUUGACCUCUACUACACGCUGACAGUGACCCAGAGUGUGGUGCUGGCACUGCUGUGUGUGAUGCAUCCGGACACUCCACAAGCGAUCACGCACGGCAGCUGGCACACACUGCUCUUCCUGGGAUACAUAUUAGCUGUGCUGCUCCUGAGCGCUGUACAGAUUUUUCUAGUGGAUGUAACGGCGCUGAGGUACUCGCCACUCACCGCGGCUCUGCUACACUCCACCGGAGGACUCGUAAUGCCGCUUAUUAACUUAUUAUAGCACAAAGCCAGCAAUAAGAGAGGACGUUCAAACAUCGAGUCCAGUCACAGACAUUUAGAAAGCUGACUCUGUCCCAGCAGAUAUUCAUCAAUUUUCCCCUUGGCUAAAUCCCAGUUAUUGUUUUAAGGGGCAUUUGAUUUCUUUAUCAGGUCAAGUUAGCCAAAUGAU